GAGGAAAGACUCCCCUUCUGUAAGACCCGCCUUCCCUGGCCCCGGCCCCUCCCAGUUCCCCCAGCGACGGCCGCUUCCUGGUCGCCGUCUCAACCAUGGCUGAAGAACAACCGCAGGUCGAAUUGUUCGUGAAGGCUGGCAGUGAUGGGGCCAAGAUUGGGAACUGCCCCUUCUCCCAGAGACUGUUCAUGGUGCUCUGGCUCAAGGGAGUCACCUUCAACGUCACCACUGUUGACACCAAGAGGCGGACCGAGACAGUGCAGAAGCUGUGCCCAGGAGGGCAGCUCCCAUUCCUGCUGUAUGGCACCGAAGUGCACACAGACACCAACAAGAUCGAGGAAUUUCUGGAGGCAGUGCUGUGCCCUCCCAGGUACCCCAAGCUGGCAGCUCAGAACCCUGAGUCCAACACAGCUGGGCUGGAUGUAUUUGCCAAGUUUUCUGCCUACAUCAAGAAUUCAAACCCAGCACUCAAUGACAAUCUGGAGAAGGGGCUCCUGAAAGCCCUGAAGGUUUUGGACAAUUACUUGAUAUCCCCCCUCCCAGAAGAAGUGGAUGAGACCAGUGCUGAGGAUGAGGGCAUCUCUCAGAGGAAGUUUCUGGAUGGCAAUGAGCUUACGCUGGCUGACUGCAACCUGUUGCCGAAGCUCCAUAUUGUGCAGGUUGUAUGUAAGAAGUACCGGGGAUUCUCCAUCCCGGAGCAGUUACGGGGAGUGCAUCGGUACUUGCGCAAUGCAUAUGCUCGGGAAGAAUUCGCCUCCACUUGUCCAGAUGAUGAGGAGAUUGAGCUGGCCUACGAGCAAGUGGCCAAAGCCCUCAAAUAAGCCUCUCUUGGGGCUCCCUUGCCUCCCUCCAUUUUCUCCACAAAGGCCCUCGGUGGUUUCCACAUGGCUAUCCAAUGGACAGACACACUCCGAAAUGGCCAGUGAGCAGGGAAUCCUGGAGCAUUUGUGCAGGCUGGCUAGGGGGAUGAGGGAAAAGGAUGGGAGGCCUGGGCGAAAUUUUUAUUGUACGGAAGGGUGGGUAGGACAACGUAUUUCAGUAAUAAAAUACAGAAUGAAAAUUUAGUGGUGUUA